AUGUUUGAGGCCAACAACGGACAACACCUAUCAACGUACAGUAGCCGGGCCCGUAGUCAUUCUCCACAAAAAAGAGGCACACCAAAUAAUGGGGAUACGAGGAUCGUAAGCAGGUCCAAAUCUCCUCAAAAGCGAAAAGCAAUCGCCCGUACCCUGGACUACCUGAACAGUCAAUGCCAUCUGGAAGGCUGCUCGGCUACGGUGGUUGUCGAGGCGACGAAAUUCCUCGUCUGCAAGCAUCAGCUCUCCCAUGCUUCCGAAUAUUUUCGUAAUGUUUUCACGGCGGAUGGAGGGCGAAGUGAGGUCAAUGUGGUAGUCUCCGAUAUGUCGGUUCCCUCCCCUGCCACUCAAUUCCGAUGGUUUAUCGAGAGCUCGGUGCCCUGCCCCGGUCUGAAGGAUAUCAGCGACGAAACCCUCGAGACGUGCAUGCGGUUGGCGAAGCGUUUCGUCGCCUUGGGCCUUGAGGCCCGAUGCAGCAAAUACAUCCAUCAAAACGCGCUCUCCCGACAGCCCAUCGUCGCGUUAUGUUGGCUGAAUUGGUGCCUGAAGCAUCGAUUCGACCCUACCGUUCAGCAAUCCUGUAUGCCAGCGGUAGCUAGGCUUUCCCUAACCAGCCUGGAGCAACACCGCCACAUGCUCUCCGAGCGCAUCUACGCCGAUCUGCUAGCGGCCAAGCUGAGGGCGUGCUACGAGAAGGCCGUCUCGGUCUUCCAAACGAUCCACCGGAUGGACCACUUCACCUGUGAACUGCCCCAAUGCCCAAGAUGUGGGCGGACGAAGGAACACAUGAAAGUCAGGGUGCUCGCUAAUCCAUGCAGAAAACUCGUCGGCUGUGAGCGCUGCAUGCGAGACGCCGGAUGUGAAAUUGAGGCAAAAGCCCAGGGCGACCUGCAGGCCUACUACCAAUGUCCGCAUGCGCUACUCCCACUAAAUGACAAUACCGAAGAAUGCCAAUGCCAGACGGCCAGCCUCAGCGCCCACCUUCGCGCGCAGACCGAGCGCAGCAGCCGGCCGCGCCAACGACUGGCCAGCGAUCGAUCCCAAAAA